AUGGCACCUAAAUCCAAGAAGAACUCAGAGAACAUGAACGCCAAGUUGGCCCUGGCUAUGAAGUCGGGUAAGUUCACCCUCGGCUACAAGUCCGUUGUCAAGUCCCUUAGACAAGGCAAGGCUAAGCUGAUCAUUAUUGCUGCCAACACCCCAGUCUUGAGAAAGUCUGAGUUGGAGUACUACGCCAUGUUGUCCAAGACUGCCAUCUACUAUUUCCAAGGUGGAAACAACGAGCUUGGUACUGCUUGUGGUAAACUUUUCAGAGUCGGAACCCUUGCCAUUCUUGAUGCUGGUGAUUCCGACAUUCUCUCUGCUGUCCAGAACUAG